AUGGGUGAAUAUCGUAUCGAGUUAUCCCCCAACAACCGCGCCACGUGCAAGGACACUGAGUGCAAGAAGAACGGUGACAAAGUCACCAAAGGUACCCUGCGGUUUGGUUCCUAUGUCACCAUCAAGGAGCAUGGAAGCUGGUCAUGGAAACAUUGGGGAUGCGUCUCUGGUCAACAGCUAGAGAAUGUCCGUGAACUGUGCCAGCAAGGCGAUGGCUCCUUCGAUUGUGACCUCAUCGAUGGUUACGAUGAGCUUGACGAACACCCUGACGUGCAAGAGAAGGUCCGCCGCUGUAUCAACCAGGGCUUCAUUGACCCUGAGGAUUUCAAAGGGGACCCAGAGAAGAACAAGCUUGGUGAGAAGGGUAUUCACUUGACUGCAGCACAGAAGAAGAGCAAGGCUGCCGCUGAGGCUACCACCACAGGCGAUGGAGAGAAGGCCAAGCCCAAAGGCAAGCGUGGACGCAAGAAGGCCGCUGAUGAUGAAGAGGAUGAGGACGAGCCACAGCCCAAGAAGGCUCGAACAUCCAAGACUGCCAAGGCGGAUGAGGAGGAGAAGCCCGCUGCUAAGCCGGCCCGUGGCCGCAAAGCUGCCAAGGUCAAGGAUGAGAGUGAGGAUGAGACUGCUGUAUCUGCUCCUGCUCCUGCUAAGAGAGGACGCAGAACUUCAGCUCAGAAUCCAAAGGAUGAAUCUGAUGCUGAGGAGAAACCGGUUCCUGUCAAAAAGGGACCAAAGGCAGCCCCUAAGAAGGCGGCUACCCCUGAGGAGGAAGACGUUGCGGCUGGGGAAGAGGAACAAGAGAAGGCCGUGCCGAGGACCAGAGCUCGCCGCGGACGUUCCAGCAAAGCUUGA